UUGACCGCAACCAUUGCCUUUUCUUUGGUUAAGGUUAUGUUACUUUGCUGUGAACUAGCCGCCGAGCUGAUUUACCAUUUGUACUUUCUGUUUUCAAAAUAUUUUGCAUUCUUAUUCUUCUUGUCAUAAUAUAAUUGAAACCGUUGUCAUGGGGUCAAAUCGUACGACCGAAUUGAACAAAUUGAUGAUUGACUUGGAAACGAACGAAUUGGAGUCAUCAACUGGAGUUCUAAGUGCUAUUGCUUACACACAACUACUAGCUAUUUAUCUCUACAGAAAUGAAUUAUGCCAGGCCAAGUUUCUUUGGAAACGAAUACCUCAAACUGUGAAAUCCUCUCAUCCUGAACUCGAUCGAGUAUGGCAGAUAGGACAAAGCAUGUGGAAACGUCAUUGGGCUCAAGUUCAUACAGAUCUUAAACAGGAAUGGAGUGAAGAUAUUAAGGAGAUUAUGGAAGUUCUCAAAGAUAUGUUACAUGAGAGAAUAAUGAGGCUGAUAGCAAAGGCUUACUCUUCAUUGGAUUUGACAGCCAUGGCAACGAUGUGUGGACUGUCGUUGGAAGAGGCAAAACUGGCCGCGAUUAACAGGGGUUGGAAUGUCGACGGCACAAUAGUACAACCGCGCAUAGAAAAAAGAAGCGACGAGGACGAAGAACAAUAUCAGAAUGAGAUGAGCAAGCUUUGUUUAACAGAAGAACAGCUGCAAAAACUCACGCAAUUUGUCUCUUUCCUAGAAAAUUAAAAGAGUUUCAUUUAUUUAUGAAACAUACGAAGAUAUUGCUGCAAAAUCUCGUUGACGGACUUGAAGCUUCUCUCGCAAUUUCUCUCGCCUCGUAAUCCUAUUAUAUAAAAGAGGAAGUGCGCGCCAAAGGUAGCAUCAUCGGUGUUCGUAAAAUAAGCCCUCAUAAGAGAGAGAAAGAGAAAGAGCGUGUGUGUGUGCGUGCGUGUGUGUGUGUGUGUGAGCGAGAACGAGAGUAAGAGAAAAAGAGCAAGAGAGAGAGAACAAGCGAGAACAAGCGAGCGAGAAUGACAGAAAGCUACCCACGCAGUUUGUCCGUCCGAUCGGAAGGAUAAUUCAAUGAAGCUCUUUAUAAGCGUGGAGUCAACAACUAAACUAAUCGAUAAUCAGCUGUGCGUGCGAGAGGACAGACUGGCAUUUGCAGUACAAGACCUGCAAGAGAAACAGUUCUCUCUUCUCCCCUCCUUAUUCGCUUCUCGAUGAGAAUCCCCUGAAAAUACACACUGCGACCGUUCGUGGCUCUGUAAUUAUCAAAGUGGAUAGUCGCAGUAAGAAUCGGGCAGAUAGCCGUUAACGUUUUCACGACGACGACGUGCUCUUUCUAAAACACGUGUGUGACAUAACGAACAAUUUCACGCGUGAUUCCUCGUGAUAUUUUUGAAUUUACAAAACAAAAAAACAAAAAAAAAAAAAA